AUGAGCUGCCACGACGAGACUGAUGCCUCCGCACCGGGCUUGAACGUGCCGCCCGAUGCUAAGUUUGAUUUGACGAACCGUCUAGCGCCGUUCAUGGACCUACACUUCAUGUUUCCACUUAUCGACUUUUUGUCUAGUAGCGAAAUGUACGACGAGGCACAACUAAUGGCGGCCAAGUUAGCGCUUCUGAAGCCUACGAACAUGGCGGACUUUGCCGUCGAGAUUCAUCAAACAUUGCACGGAUCAGAUGACGUACCUGAAGAGUUUGAGACACGUCGAGGUGAGAUUCUGGACGCCUUGAGUUUCGCCAAAAGUGAGUGCAGCUUAAUGCUGGAGCUUAUUGAGGACGAGGAGAAAAUAAUGCAGCUACAGAGUGAAAGUUUGCUCAAUGCCAGCUAUCUCGAGCAAAAUGAGGGUAUCACACCCACAGUCUUGGACGGACUAUACAAAUAUGCCAAGCUACAAUACGAGUGCGGCAACUAUCAAGACUGUCUCACGUACCUCACGUAUUAUGGCGUGCUUAUCCCUAAUUCGUCUGAACAAUUCUUAAAUGCUCUGUGGGGCAAACUCGCUGCUGAAAUUCUCAUUUUCCGUUGGGAUGAUGCUCUAGCUGAUAUCUCUCGCAUCAGCGAUGUUAUCGAAGGCAGUACCGUUAUGAGCCCCGUUGAGCAACUUCAGCAGCGUUCGUGGCUGCUGCACUGGUCGUUGUUUGUAUUUGCGUGGCACGAAGAGGGUCGUGAUGCGAUUGUCGACUUCAUGCUACAGUCGCGCUGUGUGGAGGCUAUUCAGAGCAACGCGCCUUGGCUCCUGCGCUAUUUGUGUGCCGGUGUUAUCUUGCACAAGCGGCGUCGUAACCUGAUUAAGGAUCUGCUACGUGUACUUCGAGUGGACGACAAGGGCUACCAUGACCCGAUCGUGGACUUUGUCGAGUGUUUAUUCGUCAAUUUUGACUUCGAGUCUGCUCAAGAAAAGUUACGCGAUUGUGAAGUGGUGCUGGCAAGUGACUUUUUCCUCUAUGAAAAAAAUUCAACUGAUUUUAUGGAGGCUGCUCGCCUAGCAAUUUUCGAAAUAUACUGUCGCGUGCACCGUACUAUCGACAUGAAGGCGCUAUCGUCCAAACUGGCUAUGCAAGAAGACGGAGAGGCCGAGAAGUGGAUUGUCAACAUGAUUCGUAACGCUCGCCUUGAUGCCAAAAUCGACUCACAGGAAGGUCUUAUUAUCAUGGGGCUGCCGCAGAAUUCGGUUCAUCGGCAAGUGAUUGAUAAGACUCGCGACCUCGCUGCGCGAACAUGCAGCAUGGUUGCACAGUUUGAACGUUUGGACAAAUACUUUGUUCGAAGUCGUCCGAUCCUUUUUCGCAGUGAGAAUGCCGAUGUAAACUCGCAACUGAUCUCGCUAAAGCUUCCAGCAGCCGAUUCUGGACAAAGUUUUGCAGUUGAGGUGAAGCCCAGUCAAGAGGUUUUAACAAUGGGCGCUGAGUUUUACACAAGUAAUUUUAGCGAAUCGGAUACGUCGACUACCAUCAUCCUGAACGUAUAUAAGGGUAGACCUGAUGCACUGACAGAGCAACUAAUCAAGGCAUUGACGCAAAAGCACGUUGAUCCACCAAAAGUAUGGGUCAUGUGCUUUAAUUCUCCGAUGGAGAAGAGUUUUCGACAUGUAGUUGAUGAAGUCAAGCGCAAAUAUCCCCUUCUAGCUCAAAAUAUUCAGCUCACUGUUUCCGAUUUCAACUACAAAUUUCACGGAAGGUUUCUUUUGGCGUAUAUGGCCACAACAAAGUAUGUGCUGAUUGUCGACGAUGACAAAGCUAUUGAUGAAAAUACUGUCAGGGAUUACCUCAAGUACAUGAAUAUCCGCAAGGGAGUAUGGGGCAAUAACGGCCAUCGUCGAGCAGCAACGUUUGAGGGCUACAAAAGCUGGCCCCGCAACUUUACGGGUCAGGCAUGGGCUGAACAGGAUUAUUUAAGUGGAAUGUGGUUUCUCGAGCAGUCAUGGCUAGAAUACUUUAUGAAAGAGCGCCCCCCGUCAUGGGCUACUUCAGAAGACAUGCACCUUUCCCAUGUGAUGCGUAAGUAUCUCAAUUUAAAUACAUACGGUGGACGUGUGGCGAUUGGGAAGACUCUCCCUAGAAAGCCAAAAGGAGUACAAGCAACGCAAGGAUCAGCUCUUGACCUUCGCGAGUAUAUAUUUGACCAUGAGCUGGGGCGCGGCAAUAAGGUUGUCAGCGUAAAUUCACCGAUUGAAACGCUUGUGUACGCAGAAAGCGUGGGUGAUCUCGAGGACUAUAUGGUGAAAUUGGACGCGUGUACAUCUAGUAAAUUGGUUGAUGAAAAUACUAGUUACACAGACGUUCUAGGGCCUUGGUGUAAGGGAGGAAAAACGGCGGCUGUCUUCCGUGGUGCAAAAGACCAGGACGUUAAUGGGCUUAUAGUCGCUGCCGAAAAACUUUGUGCUAAAACGUCAUGCGAAUACUUCAGUGUCAAGCCGAAAAUCCGACACGGGAUCCGGUAUUUCAACAUGCGGGAAGGUUUUGGCCAACAAAGUACAGGCGUGGAGCUUCCUUUUCAGACGGGAGCAUCUGAUGUGAUGCUGUCACUUGUGGGAAUUCUAAACAACGUCCUGCCAAAAACGUUUUUCGUGCCAGACGUAGCAUCUAUGUCGUGGCCAGAGACGGAUGCUGCAAAACGAAAUCGGCUGAAAAUCUAUCAUCGAACGGUUCUAUUAGCCGUAGAUAUUCACCAAAAUUCCAAAAUCAAUGGGAAAGUGAUAGAUGGCGACGUGAAUGAAGAUAGCGUUGAGUUUGCAUCCAAAAUGGAGACAUUAGUAUGGCAGCGAGGAGCAUCAGAGGAUUCUUUUUUUACUUAUCAUUACUGA